AAAAAAAGAACUACAAAUCGUCACGGACCCGGAAGUCGUGUUCAUUCAUUCUGCCGGUUUCCUCAAGUUGUAUCGCAUCAGAUGGUAGCGCUCUCCUCUGGACGCACGAGAGAUGUUGCUCCUGGUGCUGGGUGCCCUCCUCCUGCUCUUCUGCAGUCUGGAUGUAUGGUACUUCCUACGGGGGGCCCAAGUGUUCAUCGAAGCUUGGUUCCAACCCCGAAUAUGGGACAUUCUAGUCGAGCAGAGCAUUGACGGCAUGGUCCUUCCUCAUGAUUUGGACUACAUGGGCCACAUGAACAACUCCCGAUACCUGAGGGAGUGUGACUUUGCCCGUUUCCACCAUUACAUGCGAAACGGGCUGUUCAUGGCCUCGCGUAAACUGGGGGCUAAAAUGGUAGUAGGGGCCUCCACUAUCCGAUACCGGCGCUCCCUGGCUUUCCGUGAGGCCUUUGAGAUUCGGACCAAAAUACUCGGAUGGGAUGAGAAGGCGUUUUACUUGGAGCAGCGCUUCGUGUCCAAGAAAGACGGUUUUGUCUCUGCCAUCAUGCUCUGUAGGCAGAAUGUGGUGCGCUGCAGCCCGGAGAGCAUCAUCGAGUUUGUCUGCAAGAGGAAGAUCGAGUGCCCCGAGUUUCCCGAGGACCUUAAACACUGGAUCAGCUACAUCUCAGCCAGCAGCCAGGCCCUGCGAGCGGAGAGCGGACUGGAAGAGAAGAAUAAGUGAAGCCGCACCAUGUAUCAUGAGCGUAGACGCACAUAUCGUCCGCAUUGCACGCACAUAUACCGUAUACAACCAUACAUGCACACAAACAGUUGAAACAUCGUAGGGAGGUUUUAGUUGACUCACAAUUUAUUCCGUUUAUCUCUGUUUUUUCCGGUCGAUCCAACCUGCUGUGUAUUUUUGUAUGACGUGAAGAGAAAUCCUGAACUUGACAGCUGAAUAUGAAAACUUGAACUGUAACUAUUCCAUGUUUUAAAAUGCACUGUACUGUAUGCACUUGGGGGUCAGGCAGGCAGGGAUUCUCCAACUUAUUACUCAAAAGAUCCACAUCUUCUUUUCAUUCAGAAGUCCGUAACAAAAUAACAUUUAAUGUCCUUGUUUGCCUGCAAUCAGGAGAAGUUAGCUUUUGUUGCACUUUAAUUAACGUCACAUCUGUUGAGACUGGGCCAGCACGCAGCAACCGAGGCAGUCACACAUUAGACAUAUUUAUUUAUGACUCCGCAAUAUUCUCACAACUAUGUUUACGCGAGUUGUAGAUAUUGUUUGCUCGAGAAGAUGAUCGAUUUAGGAGCUGGUAGCAAAUUUCUCUGCUGUAAGUUUAUACGUGAAAUCGGCAGCAGCAGCAACAACACAAGCAGAGCGCACACCGCUGUCCAUCAGUUACCAUGACAACGUUGUUGUAAAAAACAUAUAAAAGCCACAUUCAUCAUCUGAUCUUAUCACUAUAUAUUCAACAUGAGAAUUUAUUGAUCAGUAGGAAAUUUCAUUCAAAUGGGAGACAUUACACUCCAUGAUGUAUUGUAUCCAUGAUGUGGACUAUGGGCUCGGUCCGGAUUGACUUUCUUUUUCCUGGAACGUGGACCGAGGUCCGGACUUUGAGAUGUCCUGCACAAGAACGUAGCUUAAUCCUUGCAUCUUAUGCAGCAGCUGACUGUGAAUAGACUGGCUUUAGACACCUUCAUUCUCAUUUAGCAAAAAAAUCCUCAGACUUCAAAUAAGCAUGUAGAGAAAAAAAAAAGUUAAUCCUUCACUGACAUUGAUGCAUGCAUUUGAAACAAACAGAAUAAUUUUUUUGUGCCUGUUUCUCUUGAUUAGCGGUAGUUUACACUUAGUAAAGUUUCAGAGAAUUAUAACUUUUUAUGAAAAAAAAAAAAACUAGGUGUAAUGAAAUUCUUGAACGAUGUACUGACAAUUGUUUUAAUAUUCCCAUCAGCAUUUUACACAAAGUGUAACGCAAGUGAGUAGACAAACUGUUGACACUCUGAAAGGGAAUGUUGGAUUUUAUCAGUUGUACCAAAUUUUUAAUGCGUGCAUUUAAAGGGUGGGCUUCCUUAUUGGAAUCACGUGCAACAUCAAGAGAAAGUGCUCGAAUAUUGCAACUUUUACAAACCUGCAAUGCAAGACAGACACUGAUGUUGUUUGGUUUUAUUGAGAUCUGGAACCCUCCCUUUAAUGCAUCAAAGCUUUAGUUUGUGACCAAAGUAAUGUAUUGUUCUGUAUAAGGGAACAUAGAAAAUCACUUUCUAUAUACGUCUGACCUGUUAUUUAUGUUGUUAAUACACUGGAAACAAAUAAUGUUCUGUUCAUUUAAUUUCAAAGAUAUAAAUUGUCCUUUUUAUUUUCCACUGAUAUUAUUUAUGAUAUUUUGAAAUGGAAUACUGUAUCAAACUUCAUUUAUUGUGUUUGUCCUUUUAAUUUAUUUAAAGGCAUUUCAAAUUAAAAAUGCAUUGGAAACUACA